GGCCGGCAGCUCCCCGGCCCACUCGGACCCAGCGGCCGGCGGAGCGUGAGCUGCUGCGAAGGGCCAGAGCGCACGAGGGUUGGGGGGGGCAGUGGAGGCGUAGGGGGGCGGGGACACAGCUCGCCUGUUCCAAGAUGGCGGACGAGGACGGGGAAGGGAUUCACCCCGCAGCCCCUCACAGGAACGGAGGUGGCGGUGGUGGCGGGGGCUCUGGGCUCCACUGCGCCGGGAACGGCGGAGGAGGCGGCGGCCCAAGGGUCGUGCGCAUCGUCAAGUCCGAGUCCGGCUACGGCUUCAACGUGCGGGGCCAAGUGAGCGAGGGCGGGCAGCUGCGGAGCAUCAACGGGGAGCUGUACGCGCCGCUGCAGCAUGUGAGCGCCGUGCUGCCCGGGGGGGCGGCCGAUCGCGCCGGGGUGCGCAAGGGGGACCGCAUUCUGGAAGUGAACGGCGUGAAUGUUGAGGGGGCGACACACAAGCAGGUGGUGGACCUGAUCCGAGCAGGCGAGAAGGAAUUGAUCUUGACUGUGUUAUCUGUACCUCCUCAUGAGGCAGAUAACCUAGAUCCCAGUGACGACUCGUUGGGACAAUCAUUUUAUGAUUACACAGAAAAGCAAGCAGUGCCCAUAUCGGUCCCCACAUACAAACAUGUGGAGCAGAAUGGUGAGAAGUUUGUGGUAUACAAUGUUUACAUGGCAGGGAGGCAGCUGUGUUCUAAGCGGUACCGGGAGUUUGCCAUCCUACACCAGAACCUGAAGAGAGAGUUUGCCAACUUUACAUUUCCCCGACUUCCAGGGAAGUGGCCAUUCUCUUUGUCAGAACAGCAAUUAGAUGCCCGCCGGCGAGGGUUGGAAGAAUAUCUAGAAAAAGUAUGCUCAAUACGAGUCAUUGGUGAGAGUGACAUCAUGCAAGAAUUCCUGUCGGAAUCAGACGAGAACUACAAUGGUGUGUCUGACGUAGAGCUCAGAGUAGCUUUACCAGAUGGAACAACAGUUACAGUCAGGGUUAAAAAGAACAGUACUACAGACCAAGUAUAUCAGGCUAUUGCAGCAAAGGUGGGCAUGGACAGUACGACAGUGAAUUACUUUGCCUUAUUUGAAGUGAUCAAUCAUUCCUUUGUACGUAAGCUGGCACCUAAUGAAUUUCCUCAUAAACUCUACGUCCAGAAUUACACAUCAGCUGUGCCAGGCACCUGCCUGACCAUUCGAAAGUGGCUUUUUACGACAGAAGAAGAAAUCCUCUUAAAUGACAAUGACCUUGCUGUUACCUACUUCUUUCAUCAGGCUGUUGAUGAUGUGAAAAAAGGUUACAUCAAAGCAGAGGAAAAGUCCUACCAAUUACAGAAGCUGUACGAGCAAAGGAAAAUGGUCAUGUACCUCAACAUGCUAAGAACGUGUGAGGGCUACAAUGAAAUCAUCUUCCCCCACUGUGCCUGUGACUCCAGGAGGAAGGGGCAUGUUAUCACAGCUAUCAGCAUCACGCACUUUAAACUUCAUGCUUGCACUGAAGAAGGACAGCUGGAGAACCAGGUAAUAGCAUUUGAGUGGGAUGAGAUGCAGCGAUGGGAUACAGAUGAAGAAGGAAUGGCCUUCUGUUUUGAAUAUGCACGAGGAGAGAAGAAGCCUCGAUGGGUUAAAAUCUUCACACCAUAUUUCAAUUACAUGCAUGAAUGCUUCGAGAGGGUAUUCUGUGAGCUUAAGUGGAGAAAAGAGAACAUUUUCCAGAUGGCAAGGUCACAGCAGAGGGAUGUGGCCACCUAGCCGCUCCUUGUCCCCACCCCUUCUCUUCACCUCCAUCCUCUUACCCCUUUUGUCUCCCACGUCAGACAGAGUAACCAUUAACACAAAAGAAGAAGGAAAAGGAAAAAAAGUCACUAUACUCAAAAGCCCUAAACUAAAUAUUAUUAAUAAUCUUUCUGAAUCUCAUGUCUCUGGAAUUGAGCCGGUAGAAAACAGCAUUUUGGUCAGCACCAGGAGUCAACUGAGCUAAGGUCGGAAAAGAAAUAAGCCCAACCAACUCGCCAAAGGUAUCUUUGUCCUUCCACCUGGGCCUCAUGCCAGCAGACUCUCCUUGUACCAUAUUUUUAAAACUGGAACUAUGAACUCCAUCCGUUUGCACUGUUCAGACAUAUAUAUGUAUGUAUGUAAAAACUAUAUAUAUACAAAUUAGCUGCACGUAUAUACAUAUAUAUUUCUUUUUAAAUUUCAUAUUGAUGGCAGUACCUUUUUUAGCUUGUGUUUUUACACACCUUUCACUAGAAUUCAUGACUUCUCUCUUGCUCUCUUUGUUUUGAAACAAACUUGAAAAAGGAAAAAAAAAUACAGGGAAAAUACCUCUCCUCAUGAAGGACUCGAAAAGUUUACAAUCUGCUUGGGUUUUUUCCCCCCUUUUUGUAUUGAGUGAAGACUGUGGCUCAUGGGUUACUGGAGAGUCUGAGUUGCAAGGAGCAUAGUUUCUUUAUCUUCCAAGGGACUGUUGGGGAGGAGAGGGCUGUGCCCCUCAAGGGCAAUAGGGCUGCAGGGGCGGGCGAGUCUACACACUUGGUGUGGACUCUUAAUUCCAAGGCAUUUUUCCUGGUCCACCUCUACCCCUCCCACUCAUGGCGUUCUACCCACAUUCCGCACUUUCCUGCUUCACUGGGGCCCCUGUGUGCUUUCCCUCAACUGGCCUCGCAUGUGGGGAGGGUGGGCUCAGGAGAUUGAUGCCACAGGAACCGGAAACAUUUCAUGGUCCUAAUUUCCUAUUUCCUUGCCUUUUCUGAAGCAGGGAUAGUACUGGGGACCAGAGUUAAGGCUGAUACCUUUAGGCACAAAGAUUGGGCUUAGUUAGGGAAGGCAAAGAAGAAAUUCCCCGUGUACAUGAGCUUUUCCCUACUCAAUUCGUGACCAGUAACCACCCAUAACUCUUAUAUUCUCUGUGACUUCCUCGAACAGCUUGUAGGGAGGGAUCUGACAGGAUCCCAAGCCAGCUGAGGACCCAGGAAGGAGCACUAGGAAUAUGGUUGAUUUGGGUUGGAUCUCAACUUUUAAUUAAAAGGAGACUGAAGGAAAACCUUUUGUCCCUUAAAGGGCUCCUCAUCUGACCUGCAGUUAGACCUUCAGAGACCUGAGAGCUCACCCCAGGGUUAGGGUCCAGAGCUGACCAGAGCAGGGCAGCGUUCUCAGCCCCCAGGCUCUGUAUUUAGAUUCUGCACUGGGGCCUCUGAGUCAGGCUCAGAUGCAGCUGAAACACAUCUUUGAGCCUUCUUCUCUUUUUCCCUUCUCCACCUUCUAAACAAAAACCUCCACAGGGUGGCAUCUUCUGUUUUGUCUAACUGAGAGGCAACUGUAGUUGGUUGUAGUCCACUCCACGGACCAGUGUUGGGGUGGUUGAAGUUUCUUUUUCUGUACCUUGUUUUUGCAGAUCGUUGUGAGGCCUCUUUCUCUCUCUCACUCUGUUAUCGUGGCAGCUGCUUGCCCCAGGGGAGUGUAGGAUCAUUAGGAUAUCCUGUCUUCUCUCUGCUUCUCUGAACCCAGGUGAAACCACAGAGCGCAAAAUGCAUGAAUGCUGAUUGUUUAAAGUUGCAGAGAAUGACCCCGAACUUGAAGGCUUUGACACAGGAUUAACUUCUUUUGGCUUAAACGAAUUUUAUAAUGAGCCAAAGGACCCUGGAAAGAGGAUAUGAUGAUUUUCCACUCCAAAAUGCUAAAGAGGCUUUUGACACCAGCUUUGUUCAAACUAUAAAAAAUAGCAUUAAUUUGCCCCGUUCCCUCAGAGUGGGCUGGGAAUGAACAAAUCCAAGAGGCCCUGCAACAGCCCAAGUGCUGACCUCUGGAUAUGAGGCAUAGUGGGCAUGCCCUUAGAAGGGAGGCCCCUUAGAGUGGGUAGGUGCUGCUUUGUCCCCUUUUGGCAUAGAAUUCACUUGGUGCUUUGGAGACUGGGUGAAUGCCCCCUAGGUAGGUGCUCUAUUGGCAGAAUCUGUGUAGGAGCAGCCCCUACUUGAAGCUGUACCACUGACAAAGCACCCAGCUGCAGCAAGGUAGGGGGCGGCCCCGGGGGACAGCGCCUUCUCUCCCACCCGCAGCAGGCCUCCUGUGAUGGGGCAGAGGCCUCGGGCUGUGGAGCUCCAGAGGAUCCAGCUCUUCUUUGCAUGAAGCAGUGUUGGUGUGACACUCCUUUCCCUCCUUACUCCACACUUCCCUUCUCUAAUCCCUGCUACCUUUCUUAGUCCUGGGUUCUGCCCAGGGAGGCUUCAGUUGCAGUUUGUCUCUGGGAAACGGAAGGGCUCUCCCUUCCCCCUGCCUUGCCCCAGCAGAGCCAGCAGAAUUUCCCUGAUCUCCAUGGUCCUCCCCUCCACACUCAGUUUCAAUCCUUUUUGGUAAAAGCUUUGAGUUUGUUAUGGAUCAGGAGAAAAUGCAGGCCCUGAGAAACCUGUCCCUGUGGAAAGGUUCCCUUAGGCCAUGCUUUGGGCUCUCUGCUCUUUAUACUUUUUUCUGCUCUCCAUUUUUCUGCCCUCCCCUUGCCCUGGGCCUAAGCUCAGCACUAGUGAGUGCUCAGGGCAGCUCCUAGGCCUGGACAGAGCUCUCAGGGAGGAAUCAGAUAAAUGUUCAACACCCCUAUGCUGGCCCAUCUGGUUUUGUCCUUUAGUUACCCGGGCCAGUAGCUUUGGGUUAUCCCCUCUUGUAGCUCCUGACCCAGUGCUUGGAGCAGCAGUAUAGGGCAUUGACAGGGGGUGACGCUGCUCUCUCAUCUCAGAAUUUGCCAACUUAUGGGUCUGGCUCCUCAGAGGCAGUUUUCUUAAAAGGGACUGCAUCCUGGGUGACCUGAACUCUUCAGACCUGGAGAGACUGCUGUGCUCUCCCUCCUCUCCAUUGUGCUCUGGCUGGAUUGAUGCAGCAGUAGAAACCAUUUAGCCUGUUGGACUCCCAACAUGCCAUUGGGUUCCUGCACCAGAGUCACUGUGUCACAUUAACUUCCUUUUGGAGGGUGCAGGCUGGGGUGGUUGAAUGCUGAAAGAGAGAAUAGAGGCAGUGGGUGUGCUUUAGGGCCCCAUCUUCCAGUCCCAUCUCCUAUCUUCCUCUUCGAAACCUGAGCACAUCACACCAGGCCUCACCCACACGAGGACAGCAGCAGGUGUGUGGGAAGCUUAGGGCUCUGGCCGAAGAGGGGAGAGGUACUGGGUGAAGGCGCGUGGCCAACUGCUGAAGUUGGACACCAAUUUUAUAUCAUGCCCCCUUUUUAAGCCAGUGAGCUGGGCUUCAGUUUUCCCCAGGCCAUGCACUCUUUUAAUUUAUUUGAGAGAAACUCUAAUUGUAUUUUCACUGCAGUAUCUUGUAUUUUUUAUUUGUGAUUUAAGAAAUGUGAAGAGAAAAUACACAGACACAUAAUGGCUAACAGUGUUUCUUUCAUUCCUUGUUCUAGAGCUAACCACUCUAAAAUUGUUUGGUAAUGUCACUUAGUGUAAUUAAUUGUAACAUAUUCUUUUAAAUAAAUUGAUUUAUUGAUGAAACUA